GCACGGCGGUAUAUCAUCUACGAAGAGUCGUGGAAACACCACGCUCAAGCGCGUGCCAUCCUUGGAAACCUCAUCGGACCGAAUGGCGAGCAGCUCACUUCCACCGACCCCUAUAGCACAACUGUGUUCGUUGGUGGGUUGUCGCCUUUGGUUUCUGAAGAGACCUUGCGGGCGUUCUUCACUCCGGUCGGCGUUCUUCACUACGUGAAGGUGCCCGUUGGAAAACAUUGCGGCUUUGUUCAA